UAUGCAUCCUGCAUAGCUGUUCCCUCAUCUUCCCAUUGCACAUUGUUGUCCACACUCUACAGAAACAGCGCAUACACGUAGCGGUGCGGCUCGCCUAUCUGCUAUCUCACUUUAGCCGCCACCUUGGACGUGAAGAUCUGCAUCAGCGACGUCACCUAUGCUGUCCCUUGCAGAGAUCUGGAAAGCUUCGAAGAGAAUGAACAAUUGCCGCGCGGAGUUUGCUCCGGGACGAUGAACCCUCAUAUGGGAGAGGACGUAAUGGCACGAACACGCUGUUCUAGUACUCGGCUGGUGCGGCGAUCGCGGCGAUAUUCUGUUAUCGAUACGAUCUGCCCAUUGGAAUUGUGGCACGCAUAUGUCAUCAAGUCGGACGUUGUUCAUGGCGAAGUAAAGUAUAACUGUUCCCUCAACCUCUUUCCAGCUAUUUUUGUAGUUCCAUCCAGCACACUUGAAGAAACACUACUUUCAAGCUCACUAAAACGUCACACGCCAAUAUGUCUAACGACUACAGCUUCGAAGGAUGGCUCGGCAAGGGCCCCGAGUCCGCCCAAGGCAAGAUGGAAUGGGGCAAGUUCCCUCACCCGAAGCCAUUCGAGGAGACCGAUGUCGACAUCCAAAUAACACACUGCGGUAUCUGCGGUUCUGACCUACACACCCUCCGCUCCGGCUGGGGUCCUACACCCUACCCCUGCUGCGUCGGCCAUGAAAUCGUUGGCAAAGCCGUUCGCGUCGGCUCCAAAGCGGAAAAGGGAAUCAAAGUUGGCGACCGCGUCGGCGUCGGCGCGCAGAACUCCUCCUGCCUCAAGCCCGACUGCGAGGAAUGCUCGUCAGGUCUGGAGAACCACUGUCAACAUACCGUCAACACCUUCGCGGAUCAGUACCCGGAUGGGAGUUACUCGUACGGGGGGUAUGCGGACUAUCACCGCUGUCCUUCCCAUUUUGUAGUCAAGAUUCCAGAAUCUUUACCAUCGGAGGAGGCGGCGCCAAUGUUAUGUGGUGGUGUUACGCUUUACUCCCCACUCAAGAACAACGGCUGUGGGCCGGGGAAGAAGGUGGGAAUAAUAGGUGUAGGCGGACUAGGGCACUUCGGUGUGAUGUUCGCGAAGGCACUGGGCGCGGAUAAGGUUGUCGGUAUCUCCCGAUCGCACAACAAGAAGGACGAUGUGCUUAAGAUGGGCGCAGACGAAUAUAUCGCCACUGACGAUGACAAGGACUGGGCGAAGCAUCACGCGCGGAGUCUGGAUCUGAUUGUCUGCACCGUGUCGUCGCCAAAGAUGCCGUUGAUGGACUACCUGCAGCUGCUCCGCGUGAAAGGGACGUUCAUCCAAGUCGGCGCUCCCGAGGACAAGUUGCCGGAUAUGAAUGCUUUUGCGUUCAUUGCCAAAGGUGUCAAGUUUGGUGGCAGUAUGAUUGGGCCGCCGUGGCAGAUUGAGGAGAUGCUCAAAUUUGCGGCGGAGAAGAACUUGCAUCCCUGGAUCAAUAAGUACCCGAUGAGCGAGGCGAACAAGGCGAUCGUGGAUAUGGAUCAAGGGAAGGCGAGGUAUCGGAUUACGUUGGUCAAUGAGAAGCACUUGUAAGGAAUGUAGGCAGGUUGAAAGUGCGCCCAACCGCGACGUGAUAUCACUGUAUGUAGAGUAGAUAUCGACUGCCUAGCUAUAAUGAACUUCUAAGACCGUUCCCUGCAAACGUG